AUGUCACACGAUGGUGCUCGACAUAUCGCGCCGCUUUCUCCGCCACCGACAGACUAUGUAGCUCCAAAGGAGCUGCCCACCGAUGGUUGGAAUCAGGGAGGAGGGCACGGGAUUGAAUCCUGGCGGUACAGAGUUGAUUCAGAGGACGGAGGCACGCCCGCGCCACCGUUCCCUCCGGUACGUGAUGACUCUGUGUUCGAAGAGUUUGGGACACCCGGGGGAUGCGAGGGCGAACGGCAAGGCGAAGGCUCUCAUGACGAUCAGGUCAUGAUUGAGCCGAUGCCUGUCUGGAGUCCCCAGUCACCUAUCAGCCUACACGAAGACUUGCCGUUGGCCGAACUUCCACCUUUUGGUGGCGAGUCAAGUAGCGGACCAUCCGGUUCGCCCUUCGACCCAGUGCCCUUCGCUGUCGUGUCUGGACCGCCGCUGGCGUGGGUUGUCGAUUCUGAGAUGAAUUGGACUGCUAGUCCUAGCAGUACGGUUCUCGACGAGUUACCUCCUUCUCCCAAACCUGGCGCGUUAUCUCUGGACUUUCCGGACUUCGGUGUCCCGCUUGGGUUCGACCACCAUAGCCAGCUUCAGCAACAGCACUCGCCCAUCUCCCCGCUCGAGAUCCCCUUUCAUCACAAAGACCGCCAUUGGUUUGGUGGUGGGAGUUAUGAUGAGCCGUCUGGCCUCCAUCCUAUGGACGUAGCGUCGGACCAGCACCCUUCUUUCCUUCAACCCUUCAAUACCUUCCCUCUGCAUCCACCUCCAGUCGAUGUCGAUGUGGACCUCGAGUCAGAAUACUCCGACACCGUAAUGCCUUCGGAUGACGAGGACAGCGCGACGCUGCCCCCGCCGUCUCCACACCCCGGAUCCCCUCAUUCGCCGCACCCCACUCUUCCCGAGCGCGAGGACGAAGAUAUGCAGCCACCUUCGCUGGAGUCGCACGCUCCUCCGGUGGCUACCAUUUCUCCGUCCUUGCUCGGGGAAGAACUCGGUCUCUUUCUUCAGUCAUUUUCCAUCGACCCCCCUCUCGCGCGUUCGCCCUCUCCAACAGAAGACGAACUGCAGUUUAUCGAAAUCCAGCUGGACCCCGCAUCGACCGAUCUGCCCAACGAUGAGUUUCUCCAGCUCCGGGUGCUCCAGAAGAACGCGCUCCAUCAGGAGCGCGAGGCGAGGCGAGGCGAGGCGAGGCGAGGCGAGGCGAACGCGAACUCAGCGAGCCGCGUGCGGCAGCUGCAGAAACAACGGAGCAAGGAGAUCGGCGCGCUGCUCGACCUCAAGAUGCAGACGCAGAUCUCACCGAUGGAGGGCAUGCCCCCGCUCGUCGGCGGCGGGAAUGCAUGGGCGCGGACCCCAUCGCGCAUAUGGUCCUCCGUAGACACGACCGCACAGCGCAUAUCAUCCAUGUCGACCUUGCCAUCGACCGCGAGCUCCGCGCCAUCGUCGACGUCCCUCAAGUAUGAGGACCACAACGUGUGA